AUGUGGGGAGUACCUCAAUUCCUCUUUUCUCUUCGCCUCUUCAGUUCAGCAACUCAAGCUGUUGCCAGCUACGACUAUGUCAUCAUCGGAGGUGGUACAGCUGGUUUGACGAUAGCUACACGGCUUUCAGAGAACCCAGACACCUCUAUCCUUGUCCUCGAAGCUGGGAAUGAUCAUUCAAAUGAUACCAAUGUUCUCUCUCCUGGUCUUUAUACCACUAUGUAUGGUAAUCCAGAGUAUGAUUGGAACUACAAGACAGUACCUCAAAUCUAUGCGAAUGAUCAAGAAGUUGCUCAUCCUCGAGGAAAGCAGCUCGGAGGGUCGUCAGCUAUCAACUUCCUAUUCUGGACUCAUGCAUCCCAGCAGGACAUCAACAAUUGGGGCCAGCUUGGAAAUGCAAACUGGUCUUGGGAAGUUCUCGAACCAUAUUUCACUAAGUCCGAGAACUUUCUCGCACCAUCAUAUCAUGUUGAAGAAGAUCUCGAAACAGAAUACAUUGUUCCCAGCAUUCAUGGAACAUCUGGUCCCAUCAACAACACGUUUCCUGAUAUCUACGGACCUCUAGAUGAAGCAUGGCCACGAACAUAUGAGAUGCUCGGUUUCGCUCCGAAGAUAGAUCCGAGAGAUGGGUUGGCAUUAGGAGGAUACACGAAUCUGAUCAACAUGGACCUCAAAGGGAGGACGAGAAGCUAUGCAGCUACGGGAUAUUACCUUCCUGCUUCAAAACGUCAAAAUCUGAAGGGUCUUACUCGAGCUCUGGCAGAGAAGAUCUUGAUUGAGAAAGGUCAUUCUGUCAGAGCUACAGGUGUGCAGUAUUCGAUUGGAAACAGUACGGAAAUUGUUCAUGCCAAGAAGGAGGUGAUUCUAUCUGCUGGAUCCAUCGGUUCACCUCAGAUUCUGGAACUUUCCGGGAUUGGGAAUCCCAGUCUUUUGAAAACACACGGAAUUGACGUUCUGGUUGCGAAUGAAAAUGUUGGAGAGAACUUACAGGAUCACAUAUACGUUCCUGUAGCCUACAAAGUUAUCCCUGGAGUCACAACCCUUGAUAACUUUACAGACCCGGAUUAUUUCAACGCAGCAUAUGAACAGUAUAUCACCAAUGCAACCGGCCCUCUUGCUACCACAGGUGCAAGCUCUGGUCUUCUGUCCUGUCCACAAAUUGGCUGUGGGGAUCUCAUCCCUCCUGCCUUCUCAAAUAUCUCUUCCAGCCUCGCAGCGCAAUACUCAAUCCUGAACAAGUAUUUCCAGACAGAAGCUGUAACUCAAGAACUCACAGUCACUGGAGGUAUGAGUCCCCAGUAUGUUAACGACACCACGAAACUUUUCACCACUUCUUUGACUGGGAAUUUCUUUACUCUGCUUGGAGUCUUGGAACAUCCUUAUUCAAGAGGUGCCGUACAUAUCCAAUCUUCAGACCCUACUGUGUAUCCUGAAAUUGAUCCUAAAUACCUUUCCAAUCCAUUCGACCUCGAAGUACUAUCUCGAAUCGCACUUCAUCUUCAAAAGGUAGCCAGAACACCACCACUCAGCGAUCUCCUGAAAGGGAACGGUACAAUCUACCAGCCUGGAUAUUAUGAGCUGGACUCGAACAAUGUUGGGGAAUGGAUAAAGCAAAAUCUUCAAAGUGAAUAUCAUCCAGCUGGUACAUGUGCCAUGAUGCCAAAAGAAAAGGGAGGUGUAGUUGAUGAGCGGUUCAGGGUUUAUGGUGUUGAUGGAUUGAGAGUCGUGGAUGCCAGUGUGUUUCCUUUGAUGCCGAGAGCGAAUCUGCAGACACUUGUGUAUGCGAUUGCAGAGAGAGCCGCAAAUUUCAUGAAGGAGGAUGAUAAUUGUCUUUGA